AUUCACUGUAAAAUAUCUGAAGCUAUACAUCGCAAUGCUAAGGAACGUAUGGCUGAGGCUGUAUUCUCAGAAAGUCAUAAAUAUCGAACUGGCACAGGGUCAGAUGAAGUCAAUGGUAGUGGGUCAUAUCUGGAGUUGCUUGUUUUGGACGCAGAUAGGUGCACUUGUUUUCUGAGCAUUAAGUUUCUAGCGGUGACGCUUUAA